GUCAUUCUGUAUCAAUGAAUAAUAUCAGUAUGCACUUUAUAUUUAUUGUUUGCUAAAACACUAAUGUUAAUAAACAAAUAAAGUAAAGUCGUAAAUCGUAAGAAACCGUAUUUAGUUUAAUUAAAAUUUGUUUGGUACCUUGCAUCCUUCAGACAAUUCUUAUUAAAGUAAUUUUCGUAAAUUGUUUGGCAAUGGAAACCAUACGACCAAACAUACGUAUAGAAAUCCCAAACAAUGUUAAUGAAGCAAUGGAUAUCGAUAAUCAAGAAAGUGGUGAAAAUGAGGAAGGUGAGAUUCAAGAUUCCGUUGACAUGAAUCAAUGUCUCGAAAGCUUCGAUGAUUUCCAAACAAAAAUAAUUCCAGUAAAUCAAACAAAGGUUUGGAUGAAUGAAGCUGGUGGUUUUUCUACAGGUAUUGAUAUACUAAAUAAAGGGACCAACGAAAGACUAGAAGAAAGAGCUAAAAGAUUUGGAUUAAAGCCCAAUGAAAUACAAAAUUUUACAGAAGAAAAUUUACAAGUGUUACAGGACAGUCUAGGUGUUAGCUAUAAAAAUGAGAAAGAAAUACGAUUUGAAGCCAUACACAUGAGAGGAACUGAUGAUCUGAGCACAGAAGAUAUAUUUGAAUAUUUUAAGAAAUAUGGACCUAGCUAUAUUGAAUGGAUAAGUGAUGAUAGUUGUAAUGUUGUUUGGGAAGACAAGUUAUCCUCAGCUAGAGCUUUAUAUUUUACCUCAAAAGCUAUUCAGGGGAUGCCUGUAGAAGGCCCAUGUAACCCAUUUGUAAAGGAGUUAGAAAUAGCUGAAACAGAAGAGGAUGAAAAUAGAGGACAUAGUAUAUUAUUACAAAAUAGAGAAAUUGAACUACAAAAGGAAGAUAAUGAUGAUAAAGAAAAUUCAACAAAAUAUAUUCAUAUUCUUGACAUAAAGAUUCCAAUUCCUCCAGGCUAUUGGAGAUUAGGUUUGGAUCACCCAAAAUCAAAGGGUAUUUUGAUGCGGUUUUCAUUUAGAUCUGACAAGAAACCAUUUAAGGUAGAGAAAAAAUAAUGAAAACAAUAAUGAUAGUAAA